AUGGCGCUUUUUGAUUCCGCCCCGCGUGUGUUGCUGGCUGCUACCGCGCUACGCCUGAUUCUGCUGGUCUACGGUGGCUGGCAAGAUGCCAACUCUGCGGUGAAAUACACCGAUAUCGACUAUAUGGUGUUCACGGAUGCUUCGCGCUAUGUUGCUAAGGGCCAACCGCCUUAUGCGCGCGACACUUAUCGAUACACGCCGCUUCUGGCGUGGAUGCUUCUUCCGACUGCGUGGGAGGGAAGCGGACCUCUGGCUUCCGUGACUUUUGCAUUUGGUAAAAUCCUAUUUGCAUUGGCUGAUGUCGUGGCGGGAUGGCUCGUCGUUCAGCUUUUGCGCCGGUGCUACCAUUUCCCUACUGAGCGGGCGUUGCGUUAUGUUGCUGCCGUCUGGUUGUGGAAUCCGAUGGUCGCGAAUAUCAGUACCCGCGGUAGUUCGGAGGGUCUGCUGGGGGUCCUUGUUGCGGCGUUACUCUGGGCCACUUUGACUCGGAGGGCUGUUCUAGCGGGUGCAAUUCUCGGACUGGCGGUUCACUUUAAGAUUUAUCCCUUCAUCUAUGGAGUUUCGAUUCUUUGGUGGUGGGAUGCCCAGCGUGAUGGUGCUGCCCCGGCUAAAAGCUCUAGCCUGCUUUCUCGGGUGCUCGGGUUCAUCACCCCUUCGCGUGUGAUUCUCACCCUCUCUGCACUCGUCACUUUUAUUGUCUUGAACGCUGUCAUGUAUCUUCAGUACGGCAUACCAUUCUUGCAUCACACGUUCUUCCACCAUCUCACACGCAUUGAUCACCGGCACAAUUUCUCGCCUUACAGCACUCUGCUCUAUCUUGCGUCUGCAGGUGAAGCUAGCUAUCGCUUUGAGACGCUUGCCUUCCUUCCUCAACUUUUGCUUGCAGUCGCUGCUAUUCCGUUGGUUUUGGCGAAGAGGAGUCUGGCAACGGCUAUGCUUGCGCAGACCUUUGCUUUUGUUACGUUUAACAAAGUCUGCACUAGCCAGUAUUUUAUCUGGUAUUUGAUUCUCCUUCCAUUCUACCUGCCGUCAUCUUCGCUGAUGCGGAAGCCCACUUUGGGCAUUACGGCCGCUGUUUUCUGGAUCCUGGGCCAGGCACUCUGGCUUUCUCAAGGGUACAAUCUGGAAUUCCUUGGUCUGUCUGCCUUUGUUCCCGGCCUCUUUUUGUCCUCGCUUUUCUUUUUUGGUGUUAAUGUGUGGAUUCUCGGCAUCAUCGUCCGGGAUGGGGGCAAUGACAAAAACGGGGAGAUUGACCUUCAGCCGGGGAAAUGA